CGUCUGAGAUCAGGUUCAUUAGCUUUAUGUCAGCAGGUUAUUUCAAGCUAGGGAAGCUAAUACUAUGCCAAACAUGAGAUUAAAAAUAACAUUUUUCACGUGUAUAUUAAUUUUUACGUACCAAAUUAAUGUUACAAAACAAUUUGGGAAUGAAUGUCCAUCUCCUGAAGAUAUAUAUCCUUGUGAAUGUGAGAGAAGACACGGUGACAAGACCUACUUAGUCUGCAAAGAACUUUUUGUCUCUCGAGAUCUUGAGAUCGCUUUAAAAGCAAGUCAAAAAGUCGAUCUUUAUGGGUUGUCGAUCCAAGACUCUACUAUUCAAUAUCUACCAAGCGAUGAAUUUGAUGGAACAUUAUUUGAAGAGUUUGAGUUGAAGAAUACGGGUCUAACUGCUAUAACCGAUGGGGAACAUGCUUUUAAAGGACUCGAAGAUCGAUUGAAGUAUAUUGAAAUUCGAGAUUGUCGGUUCUUAAACAGUUGGUCUUGGAAAGCAUUUUCCAAGAUAAAUUCUCUGCGACUCCUUCAGUUUAUUGGAGGAGACUUACGAACUCUAUCAAGUGACUUCUCCAUUCUUUCUCGUAAUAAAAUGCUUGCCACUGUAAAUAUGAAUUUGAAUGAAAUUAGAAGUCUCGAUAAACACGUUUUCUCACAAUUCCCUAUGCUUUUAGACAUCUAUCUUCAAGGGAACAAAAUAGAAACCAUCGAAAGGAGCAUGUUUCCAAACCCAGCGCAAUUGUCGUUCAUGAAUUUCGCAUCGAACAAAAUUAGCCGUCUACCUGAUGACGUAUUCUCCAACAUGCCACGACUAAGAAUAGUCUUACUGUACGAUAACCAACUAACAACCUUAUCAGAAGUAACAUUUAAACCAAUAUGGAAUCAAUUAAUUCAGAUAUCCCUGGAAAAUAACGAUAUCAUCUGUGAUUGUCGUUUGAUAUGGAUCGUUGACAACCAAGGUGGACCUCGGAAAGUCGAGGGAAAUUGUAAACGUCCUGAUUUUCUUGAAGGAAGAACGUUAACUUCUUUGAACGAGAGAGAUCUCCACUGUUAAAAUUAAGCUCUUCAAUUUUUUUACGCAUAUUAAAAAAAUGAUGCACAGCUUUCUGUACGAUUAAUAUCUUUCCACUGAUAAAUUCUGUUAUUUGGCAAAAAA